CCAGCCUACCAGCCCAGCCCAGCCAAGUCUCAUCCCCAACAACACUCCCCCCGUUCCCGUCAAUCCUACCAGCUCCUCGCUGUCCAGUUCGUCCCGCAAAACCAAAGCCACUUCUUUUUUUCAUCUCUCUACUUUACUCUACUCUACUCUUGGCCUUCCAUUCUGUUCACCGUUCACCAACUAUUUUUCCUUCAACUGAAAGCUUCUUCUCAGCUGAAUUUCGUUAUUUCCCCUUUCCUUAACAACCCUUGAAAUCUAAACCGCACGACUUCAGUCGCCAAACACCGCCAAAAUGGGUCACGAAGAUGCUGUCUACCUUGCCAAGCUCGCUGAGCAGGCCGAGCGAUAUGAGGAGAUGGUUGAGAACAUGAAGAUUGUCGCCGGUGAGGACCGAGAUCUCACCGUCGAGGAGCGAAACCUUCUCUCUGUUGCCUACAAGAACGUCAUCGGCGCCCGCCGUGCCUCCUGGCGCAUAGUCACCUCCAUCGAGCAGAAGGAGGAGUCAAAGGGCAACUCUAGCCAGGUUACCCUCAUCAAGGAGUACCGACAGAAGAUUGAGGCCGAGCUUGCCAAGAUCUGCGAAGAUAUCCUCGAGGUCCUUGACCAGCACCUGAUCCCCUCUGCCAAGUCUGGCGAGUCCAAGGUUUUCUACCACAAGAUGAAGGGUGACUACCACCGUUACCUCGCCGAGUUCGCCAUUGGCGACCGUCGCAAGGACUCUGCCGACAAGUCCCUCGAGGCCUACAAGGCUGCUACUGAGGUUGCUCAGACCGAGCUUCCUCCCACCCACCCCAUCCGCCUUGGUCUCGCCCUCAACUUCUCCGUUUUCUACUACGAGAUCCUCAACGCUCCUGACCAGGCUUGCCACCUGGCUAAGCAGGCCUUCGAUGAUGCCAUCGCUGAGCUUGACACUCUGAGCGAGGAGAGCUACAAGGACUCUACACUGAUCAUGCAACUGCUCCGAGACAACCUCACUCUCUGGACCUCUUCCGAGGCCGAGACCUCCGCUGCUGGUCAGGCUGAGGCUCCCAAGGAGGAUGCCCCUGCUGCUGCCACCGCUGAGGACGCCCCUGCUGCCCCUGCCGCGGCUGAGGAGCCCAAGGCUGAGUAAGGGAUUGUCGAGUGUGUUUUAUCUAUGCAGUUGUCGGGCGGACUGGUGUCUACGGAGUGGACGGAAGAACUCGUUUUUGAUCAAGAGCUUCGGCAUCGUUUCGGUAUACAGACAAGCGCCAAGGAGGGGCUGACUUUACACCAACGGGCUAGCAAGGAGUCUGGAAGAGAGUAAUUUUACGCUCUGCUUCCAGACUGUUAAUGCGUUGGCCGUCUGGACAAUAAAAAUACCAAAAUUACUUUCAAUACACGACGAUACAUGAUUAGUGAUGACUUGAAGUUUGCGUGUGCUUUGUAAAUUUCGACAUGGGUCGAACGGUCAGUUAGGGGUAUGAGGCACCCCUUUGUAGUUGUCCAUCAUGCUAAAACUGAGUUGACUUGGCCGUUAUACCAACCAGUUGACACCGUGGACCGGUUCCAGUUAAGCUCUCAACCCUCUUGUAUUCUUGGGAGAGUUUGGUGGGUUAAAUUUUGUCUUUAGAAGUAGUACUUGAAGGUUGUACAUCGUCUUCAUUUUCAUCCAGUACGGCAAAGUGAACCCGCAGCCACAAGCUGCAAUCAAGGCAGCCAACCACGAGCUCCCCCUCUUCACUCACUUCCUCCAAGUCAGCCUCACGAAACUCGUAGCUGUGCUCGUUUCCGCAGCGACAAGGACGGUACCAGCACUCCUGGUCCUCAUCGAAAGCCAAGUCAUCCAGAUCGACAUUUUCUACGCCUGUCUGAAAGGAGCCAUCCCGGCCCGCCGCCCCAGUCGGGCGAGACACUCGUAGUGCGGCGUCGUAGGCGACGCGGGCAGAAGGACUGGAAAGAACAUUAAGUGCUGUGGUGAUUUGAUCAACAGUAAAGAAAACUGAUGAUGGAUCUGAGUUUGCGACUUUGUCUGGGUGGUUGCGGAGGAGGGCCCGAUGAUAGGCGCGCUUUAUGAGGGGCGUAGAGUCAUGUUGGGUGUCGAGUAGAGCAGAUGUGAUGUUGAGAACCUGGUAGUGCGUGGCUGUGUCUGCCGACGAGGAUAUAGACUGAGAAGAUGUCAUGAUAUGUUUCCGUUUUCUGG